CGGAAACGCCCGGGCCGCACCGGGCUGGCGGCGGCGGCGGCGGCGGCGGCGGAGGCAGCGGACGGCGCCGCGCGGCAAGGGACGCGAGCAGCCCGGGGGGCCCGGGGGGCCCGGGGGGCACAGCAGCCCCGGGCGCCCGGCGGAGCCGAGCCGCCGCCGCCCGAGCGCGCAGCCGGCCGAGCGGGCCCGCAGGCAGAUGCAGAUAAAACGAUGUCCGCCAACCUCAAGUACCUGUCCCUGGGGAUUCUGGUCUUCCAGACCACCAGCCUGGUCCUCACGAUGCGCUACUCCCGGACGUUGAAAGAGGAGGGACCGCGCUACCUCUCCUCCACGGCCGUGGUUGUGGCCGAGCUUUUGAAGAUCGUGGCCUGCGUCUUGCUCGUCUACAAAGACAGCAAAUGCAGCCUCAGAGCACUGAACCGCACACUGCGUGAUGAAAUCCUGAAUAAGCCCAUGGAGACGCUCAAACUUGCCAUUCCGUCAGGAAUCUACACUCUUCAGAACAACUUGCUCUACGUGGCCUUGUCCAACCUGGACGCGGCCACCUACCAGGUCACCUACCAGCUGAAGAUCCUCACGACGGCGCUGUUUUCUGUGUCCAUGCUCAGUAAGAAGCUGGGUGUGUACCAGUGGCUGUCCCUGGUCAUCCUGAUGACCGGAGUCGCUUUUGUGCAGUGGCCCUCAGACUCCCCGGAGCUGGACGCGAAGGAGCGCUCGGCGGGCUCUCCGUUCGUCGGCCUCAUGGCAGUCCUCACGGCGUGCUUCUCGAGUGGCUUCGCCGGGGUUUACUUUGAGAAAAUCUUAAAAGAAACCAAGCAGUCGGUGUGGAUAAGAAACAUCCAACUGGGUUUCUUCGGGAGCCUGUUCGGCCUGAUGGGCGUGUACGUCUACGACGGGGAGCUGGUGUCCAGGGACGGCUUCUUCCAGGGCUACAGCCGCCUGACCUGGGCCGUCGUGGCCCUGCAGGCACUCGGAGGUCUCGUCAUCGCUGCUGUCAUAAAGUACGCAGAUAAUAUUUUAAAAGGGUUUGCAACCUCUUUAUCCAUAAUACUAUCAACACUGAUAUCCUAUUUCUGGCUGCAAGACUUUGUGCCAACCAGUGUCUUUUUCCUGGGAGCCGUGCUCGUCAUAGCAGCCACCUUCCUGUACGGCUACGACCCCAAGCCUGCAGGGAACCCCACGAAGGCGUAGCCCGGCGCCCUCCGUCACCGGCUUCGCCCGCGGGGCGCGGGGGUCUCCGCACCAAACGGGCUCCGAGGACUCCUGCAGACCCUCAGGGCUGUCCCGCUGGGUCUGGUCUUAGCGUCCGGAUGGUUUGAAAACAUAAUGUUUGAGGGUAAACUAUGCGUCUCUGUCACAAAAUGCCUGUUGCAUCUAGAAAUCAAAACUUGAAAGUGUUUCCAGGGAUUAGAAUUAGUGGAGGAAACUUGAAACCUGAGGUUAGAAAGAUUUCACCGCUCUGACCGCUGCAGGCGGGCCCUGCGCCGUCCUUGCGGGGGCUCAGGCGACACGUGUCAGCCCAGCCUCUGCGAGCCGGCCCGUGUCGCCACCCCCAGCGGCCGCGUCCCCUCUCCCCG